GACAGCAUCAUCGUGACUGACGGAAGGAAAAGUUCCGAGGGGAAGAAUGUGGGCGGGGUUGCCAUAUAACCUUUCCUUUAAUAAAAAGUUUUUGCCAGAGAUGAAAAAAAGAGCUUGUGGCACCUUUCCAACGGUGCGAGUGUUCUAGCUUGAUUGCAAACGUCGAGCCAGCAGGCGCAGCGGUGAACGGCAUGCGGCGCUACCUGCGGGCCGUGCUGCUGUGUUUGGCCUUCGCCUUCAUCCUCGUCCUUUAUGUUUUCAACGAAAUCGCGGGAGCGGAAGAGGGCGUUCGCGGACAGCCCGCUUGGAAUAGGAGAAAUGGAGGGCGCGAAGCGAGCAGGUGUAAAGAUAUAUCUGUGUCUUUCUGGAAUCCAUAUUGGAUGCUGCCCACUGAUGUUUGUGCAGUGAACUGCUUUUGGGAUUCUGCAUUUAGGUAUGAAGUAGGAAGAUUGAGGUCUACAGGCUUGUUAGAAAAUUCUUCAGGGAGGAUGCAUCUGGCGGUGGUAGCUUGUGGCGAGAGACUGGAAGAAACACUAACUAUGCUAAAAUCUGCUGUUCUAUUUAGUCAAAAACCACUUUAUUUCCACAUAUUUGCAGAGGAUGAACUCCAUGAUAAAUUCAAUAGCUCACUGGAAAACUGGAAGAAGGAAUUUCAUCAGAAGUUCAGUCACACCAUCUAUCCAAUAACAUUUCCAGCUGAUACUGCAGCAGUAUGGAAGAAACUCUUCAAACCUUGUGCUUCACAGCGACUCUUCUUACCUUUGAUCCUGAAGGAUGUAGAUUCCUUGCUCUAUGUAGAUACUGAUGUCCUUUUUCUGCGUCCUAUGGAUGACAUAUGGGCAUUUUUUGAAGAUUUCAAUCAAACUCAGAUCGCUGGAAUGGCACCAGAACAUGAGGAACCACGAAUUGGCUGGUACAACCGUUUUGCCAGGCAUCCAUAUUAUGGAAAAACUGGAAUCAACUCUGGAGUAAUGAUGAUGAAUAUGACCCGAAUUCGAAAAAAAUAUUUUAAGAAUGAUAUGACAACUGUACGACUCAAAUGGGAAGAUUUGCUUCUACCUCUUUUCAAGAAGUACAAACUCAAUAUUACCUGGGGAGACCAAGAUUUACUCAAUAUUAUUUUCUAUUAUAACCCAGAAAGCCUCUUUAUUUUUCCAUGUCAAUGGAAUUAUCGUCCAGACCACUGCAUGUAUGGCAGCAACUGCAAAGCAGCAGAGGAUGAAGGAAUCUUUGUUCUUCAUGGAAAUCGAGGAGUCUACCAUGAUGAAAAGCAGCCAGCUUUCAGAGCUGUGUACAGAGCAAUAAAAAAUUACCCUUUUGGCGAAGAUCCCAUCCAUUCACUGUUAAAUCCACUUGAAAAAGAACUGCAGAAAACUAUGAAUACGUAUUGUGGAAAAAUUAAUCAUGUCUUCACACAAAGACUGCAGAAGAGCAUAAGAACUUUACAGGGAAAAAUUUCUAGAGGGAGGUGAUUUUGUAAAAUCACUAUUUUGAACUAAUUUUUGCCUUGAACAUCAGGAGCUUGACUUUUUCUCGUGGUCUAAAUAAGAUGUUUUUAAACAUGAGGAGGCAAAUUGAAAUGAUAUAACUGACACCAAUCACUCUAUCAGCAUAGGUAUUUUCAUUGAAACCUGGAAGAUAAUUUUUGUAAAUGCAGCUAUUAUCUCCAAUGAAGCACUGAUUUUACCGUUUCUUUUAAAAAAAAGUUGAAGACAAUGUUUACAGAGAAAAGUGUUAUUCUGUCAUAUGAAGGUAUGUUAAGACUGACAAUCUGUUUAAUGUGUUUCUUAUGACAUUAUGGUAAUUAAGCUGAAGUUGUGUGGUGCAACAUUAACCAGGAGUAUUGUAUGUUCAUGACAAUCAAGUCUCUAGAAUCUGUUGGAAUCUUUGCCUCUUGUAAUAGUGUGAGGACAUGUUAGCAAAUUAUUUUUUUUCAAUUAUUGAUGAAUAAAACAAGCAACUAAAAGUAGUUUACUUGAGCCAUUUACAAAGUUUCCAUCAAUAAAGACAUUCAUGCCAGAAAAGAUACCAAAUUGGUACCUUUAAUGAACAGCUUUUCCAAUCAUUUUAGAAAAUGAAUGAUUUUGCUUUGUGCACUCUAGUUUCUUUGAGUUUAAAUGCAGAAUGUUAAUGCGGCAAAUUUAAAUUUGCACCCUAAAAUAUGUAGAUGCGAUGCCCAGUACUUUUAUUUAAUCAUUUCAACAUGUUAUUGGAAAUUUUUCUAUUGCUGAUAUUGCAGGAAAACUCAUAUAACUCCUGUAAUUAAAGAUAACAAAUAUUAGCUAGUCUGGACCGAAAUCUUUUUGCUCAUCACUUGGCAGUCAAAUUAUGUUGAGCAGAGUAAAAUAUUUACUGCCUGCCAGAGUGGUUUAUUUUGCAACUUCUGAGAAAUGGAAUACUAUGUAAACAUACCAGACCACUGUAUGAAAUUGACAUAGUUGUAAUUUAGAGAUAAAUUAAUGAGAACUGAGUGCCAUUAUUUCAUGAGUUUUUGCUUGCUAAUUGUUCAUUAUUUUAGUACUUUCAGUUUGGAAUCCCUGGUGGAAUAUAGUAAUUACAAGCAAGUAUAAAACAUUUUAUAUAAGUUUGGAAUUAUCUACAUCUAUAGAUUUUUUUUAAAUGACAGACUUGAAAUAUUGUUACAGUAAUUGUGAAAAUGCAAUGUAUUUUUAAUGAAAUAAAACAUGUUCAUGUUCUGUUCAUGAAACAAUGUACUGUACCAUGAACCAUAGUGCUCUGUGAUCAUCCAAUUAAGUUGUAAGCACCAGAGCUAGAAUAUAAGAAAUUGGUUUGACGAUUUGAGAUUAAUCCUGGAGAAAAUGAUCAUAAAUGACCACAUGCAAGUUGGGUGUUCAGUUUAUAGUCAGCUCAUCCAAGCUCUGGUAGGACAUCUCGGUCUUAAAUGUUAGAGCAAUGGAUAAAAGCAGGUCACGGAUAAGAAAAAAUGUAACUUUUUGAAUGUUGGUUGUUUAUAUUGUGUUUGUACAUCAGUGGUGAUUCAGCAUUAUGCUUACUACAUCACCGGCAAAAGGAAUGGGAAUAUCUAACGCUGAGAGCUACGGUUUAUCUAAUACUGAUAGAUCAGAGAUGCAAAGUGCAACUUCCUCCUGAUCCUCAACAGUUUAAUCGCAGCAAAUAAGAAUACUACACUGAGGUUGACAGGUUCAUUUUGAGUGCUGCUGUCAUAGAACUUUACCAUGCUUAUAAAUGUCGCUUUAAUUACUGGAAGUAAUGAUUCCUGGAAGAAAUUUGGACAGAGGAUUGUAUUUUUUGAUCGUGGCAAGUUAUAUUAUCAGUAGUAGUAGUUUCUAACAGAACAUGUAUAGUAUUAUCCUGGUUAUGAUUUCUAUUUUUUAAGCAUUGUAGUUAAUUUUUUGAACCCAGGAGUUCCAGGUGUAAUAGCAUGCAAUUCAGUAAUAUUACAGUGGAUUCCAGUGAAAUGGGCCAUCAGUUAAUUGAGCUGCUGCUUAUUUGGGACAACUCAAAGAACAAACUACUAAUUGAGAAAAUAGUUGGGGUUCCCUUCAUUUAUUAGGGAUGUUAUACCACUUAAUUGGGGCAGUAGACUGUUAUUGAAAAGUUCCUAACUAGCAUCAGACGCCUGCACUUAUGUGGCCGUUGGACACUACACCAUGCUUAGAUUGAACAGUUUUUAAAUAGCAUCAGUUGUGUACACUUGUGUUCAAAAAGCAUUGUUUUUUUUUUGUCACUGAUAGUUGACGAGAAAUAAGCAGAAAGACAAUUUAGAACUGUAGACUGUUUUGUUCCUGCGGUUUCAAGCAUUCAGGCAGGCUUGGAGAUGCCAGAAAUGGCCAGCAGUGACAAUGAGACUAUUUCAGUACUUCAGCAAGUUAGGAACUGCAAAGAAUGAAGGUUUCAACAGUCAUCUGGAAUGUUACAAUGAAAAUGAAGAUUUGGAGGAUGUAAUUGCCAAAGGCAUUGUAUGGUGGCAGUCCAUAACCUAUACUAAGUGUCUGCACUGAUUUUGUUCAUUUAGUCAGUCAAAAGAAUGCAACUGCGUGCACUGAAUUAAUUCCUCCAUUGAUAACUAUUAGAAACUAAUACAGAGUUUUAUAGUACCGUAGUAGUAUUUCUAGUGUUUUAAUUUGUUUUGCAUUUCAUUUAAACACACACUUUGUUAUUCAGUUAAACAGUUUCUUUUUAAUACCUUUAUAAGUAUUUUCCUGAACUUAAGCUAAUUGGGGUAUCUGCUUAAUUGGGCCAAAAUAUACCAGUUCCAACCUGCCCCAAAGUAACGGUAAUUGAUUACAUAUCUUCCGGUCAGGAUGGUGCCGAGCUGUGGUGUCCAUUGAUGUCAUGGCUCAGACUUGAUUGAUUAUUAGUUCAAAACUGUGACUGUCCCACAAGCCAUAGCUGUGGGACAAUGCAGGGUGUUAAGGAUCAGAUUAGGGUUUACACAUAGGGAUAGGGGAGAAUGAAGAUUUAGGGGCAGGAGCCUUUGUUCAUAUUCCAGGUUGGAAUGUUCUUUGUUCGAAGGUCAACGAUUUGGAGAUUGGAUUGGGUCAACAUCACUGUAGAGACCAUUGAACCCCUGGUUGCUAAAUCCUAAACUGGAGGACCAUGAGGGCAGGUGGACACCCCCCUCCCCCCCAACCCAACUCCAACUACUGGGAUCGGAUGUCCGUGCAAUCUGGAAGUCCAGGCCCAAGUCACCUCACAGCAGAAGGUGAAUGAUCCUAGAGGUUGGUCUGGCUGAGGCCCGAAGGUUAAACCUAUGAUUGUUGAGUCCUGCGGUUGAUAGCCAGAGCUUGGUGAAUGUGGAGGUAGAAAGCCAAAAUGGUCACAGAUCAAAGUCAGCAACUUCAGAGGCAGAGGGAUUGGAAGCCUGAUUUCUGUGUCUUUAAGAAUCCAGGGCCAAGGACUGGAAGCCCAGAGGUGAACCUUGCUGGCUGUCCCCAGCAUAUCCCGGGGUGUGUUGGUUGCUAACGCAAACAAAGUACUUCACUGUAUGUUUUGAUGUACAUGUGAUAAAUUAAUCUGAAUCUGAAAGUUAGUCAAGCUCCGAUGUAUGGAAUCCCAUCAAAGGAGAUAGUACAAGAUAAUGCUGCAGAGGAGUCUAAUGCAUUAUAGACAGAACAAGACAAUGUUACAGCAGUUAACCUGGAA